AUAAUACGCGCAACUGCUAUGUUGGGCUGGUCAGGCGCUAGUUGGUUUCAUCUACUGAUAAUAAGUAUGCAGUCUGAUCUCUUCUUCAAAGAAGUACAGCAAUUGAAGCUCAUUUGUGCUUAUGUACAACUUAAGCCGAGUAGUUCUGCGGAAUUAUUGAAAUUGACGAAAAACAUUUUGAAGACUUUGGAAGUGAGAGAUACCCACAUGUCAGUGUACGAUAUGUUCUCGUUCAACACUGGUCUAGCGCUGAAGAUAGCAGCAUCUACCUUCGUGUACAUCACUGUUCAACUUCAGUUAGCCUUCCCGAAUUUAAAAGAAGUGCACAAAAUUGUGAACGUUACCCUACCCCCAGCUGAAUUUGAUUUUGAUCCGAGGAAGGUUAAAGAAUUUUGGUUCUUGUAGAUCAAGGUUUUAAGGUGGUAUUUUGUAUGUUAGUAAGCACCGAGUUUUCUAGGAA